AUUUUGGCCAUAAUUGGCUCCACUACAAUAUAUACAUUUAUAAAUUCCAGAAUACUUUUAACCAAUUAAGCAACCAUAAUUAUAUAAUGAGGAUUUAGCUUCAGUUGUAAAGAUUAAAUUUCCAUUUGAAUCAUAUGAGUAUAUCAUUACAUAAGGCCACCAUCCUAAAGCUAAAUGAGUAUCAGAAUUUCCGUAUAGUACAUAGCCUUUUAUUUAUGGAUGACACAUGACUUCUCGAUCGUUAACUAUUAACUGUCUUAAUUCAGUUGUCCCACCACAGUCCCUUGGAACGCCUUAAAUUACAUAAUUAAGUUACCUGCACACAUAUGAGGAUGAAUGCCUGGCCAAUAUUAAUGAUGAUAAGGACAAGACCUUUGAAAUAUCUCCUUAUUGA